AUGCGUGCACGUGGGAACGUGUUCGCGAGGGAUGUCUCACCGGUUGGGACCAAUAAUAGUUGCGGAGUUCAGAACGCUGCUCGGCGAAGGGAAUGGGGAUACUUGGAGCCCACGGAGAGGCAAAGUUACAUCGACGCGGUCAAGUGCUUGGGAAAUCUUCCUACUACCUUAGAUCCCGCCAAAGUGCCAGGCGCCAGGACUCGAUACGAUGACUUUGUCUUUGCGCAUAUGGACCAGUCACAGACCAUUCAUGAUACUGGCAACUUCUUGACAUGGCACCGGCAUUUUAUUUUCUUAUUCGAGUCAGCUCUUCGAAAUGAAUGCGGGUAUGAAGGCUACCAACCAUAUUGGAAUUGGGCUAGGCACAGCGACGACCCAAGAAAGUCUCCUGUCUUUGACGGAAGCGACUUAAGCCUUGGUGGGACUGGCUUAUAUGACAACUACACUGCCUACGAAAUUGGCGAUCCACCACUUCUAACAGUCUCGAACCAGGGAGGUGGCGGUUGCAUCACCAAUGGUCCAUUCAAAGACUGGAAGGUCAACCUCGGGCCCGUCUCCACGAAACUUGACAACAUCAAGAUGAACGAUCGCGAGGACGGCUACGCCUACAACCCUCGCUGCAUCCGUCGCGACCUCAAUCCCGCGGUUUCCACCGCUGCCCUGAAAGACAGCGACGUUGCUCGCGCCAUCUCCGAGCCCCAGACAAUCGAGGAUUACCAAGCGUUUCUCAACGGCAUCGCAAGCCGAAACAUACCCGGCAUUCACGGCGCCGGCCACUUCACCAUCGGCGGCGACCCCGGCUCGGACUUUUAUACCUCUCCCGCCGACCCGGCGUUCUGGUUUCACCACACCAUGCUGGAUCGAGUGUUUUGGACAUGGCAGAAUCAAGAAUUGGACAAUGCAAACCGGUUGAACGUCGUUCACGGCACGAGGACCCGGAAAAAUGAGCCACCGAGUCCUAACGCCAUGUUGGAUGAUGUAAUUGGCGCGGACUUGGUUGGCGAGUCGACGACAAUUCGAGCAGCUCUAGAUACCAUGUCUGGCUUCCCUUAUUGUUUCUGUUACGAUUAAGCGUCAAGUUUCAUUGACGACUUGUGUGUGCCAUACAUCUUUUCGGCUUCUAUCUUUUCAUUGAGCGUUCGAGGGACCAAUCCGCUAGACAAUAGAUUAUUAUUUUUCGUUUCUAAACCGUAAUGAUACCUUAGUUAUCUUCCUCUGAAGCACUCUACGCAUCGCUCGGCACUAAGCUUUUUGAUCCCUUUUAGUCAGUUGACUGCCUCGAUUUCUU